AUGGUUUCAACUAGCUUGAUUCGGAAUAUUGUGAUAUUAUCACCUCUAACGCAUUGUAUUAAAUAUAGAUUUAGUCAAUUCGUUUCGACAUGUGUACCAAAGGAGGAGAGACGACAGCUAAUCGUAACACUGAGUUCAUUCAGUGUGCCACGAUGUAGACUUGAGCAGAGUAUGAAAUAUCACUUGCAAAGAAGGAACUAUUGUGUAAAUAAUAAAAACGAUCCAUGUCUUGAGACGAAAUUCUCUGAUAAAGAGGUUCAAAAACGAAGUGCAAGUUUAGUAGCUAAGGAAUCAACCUCUAGUUUGGAUAUUGUUGAACAAAUAGUGGCAAAACUGCAAGCAAACGGGAAGUCAUUUAUUCUUCCUAUCAAUGACAGCUCAGCUAUGGAAGCCCUCGCGAAACCUUUCAAAAUUCUUCUCAAUAUAGGAAUUCGAGAGGACUUUAUUGUUGAUUCAUGUAUUUGUGUACCUGAACUUUUCACAUCUCUAACGCGAAAAGGAGAUACAAGUAUUGAAAUCAUUGAAAUUGUUGCCGACUUUUGCCAGUUUACCUACGAAGAUGCUAUUCGUUUUUUUGCCACGUAUAGCAAAGAACUGUUAUCAUCAGGAGCUGAAGAAAUUCAAAAGUGCUUGGAAGUAUUGGAGUCUUAUGGAUUUAUAGACGAAAAAUUAGGUAAAGCGGUAUUAUCAUGCCCUGCCCUACUUUUUUGCCAUAAAUCAGACGUAUUAAGCCAAAAUGCCGAAAAUUUGUUCUCUUAUUUCAAUAAGAAUCAAUUUUAUUCGUUACUGAAUUCUUCGCCUGAACUUUUGCUAAGUGACACAAGAGAAGCAGAACUAAUAAUUGAGUACAUUUAUUGUCAUAUGCUCAUGGAAGGUGAAGAUUUUGCGGGGUGCAAAAACCUUGCUCAUAUUUCCCUGAAUGAAGUGAUGGAUCGCCAUCAGUUUCUACUGAAAACGGGUUCUUAUAAAACUCCAGAUCCGAAAAGACCGCAAUUAAGAAUGGAAAACCCAACAUUAAAGAAAAUUCUCAACAGCAAUGCAAAAGAGUUCGCAGAAAAAAUAGCUUGUGUGUCGCUGAGCGAAUGGAAUUUAUUUCAAGAAUUACAAAAUAAGCGGCGUGAAUUGCAAGCAGAGGAUAAGAGAUUUCCCUUCGAAAGAAUCAAACCAUCGAUGCGAAAAAGAUCUGAACGAGAUAUUGUAGAUUCAAAUAAACUUGAUGGACAACUGCAUCAAAAACAAAUUAUUGGAUUAAUAAUUACGGGAGAAACGUCAUUAUUUGCUGUAUAUAUUUACAUGCUUAAGGCCACGAAGUUGAACGUGGGUGUAAUGUUGAAUCAAUCGUCAUCAUCGUCUUCUUCCACCAAAAAUUAUAUAGACGUGUGUGGUGAGAUCAACGAAUCCAGUAGUACUGCAACUGUGCAACAACGUCUUCUCAGUGGUAAUAAUAUCUCGAGACAGUUGAAACAGGAGGAGUCAAUUGUCACUGCUGCUGCAAGUAGUACUUGUGUAAUUACAAGUGAUACACCAAAUAUGAGCAGUCAUGAUGAGGCUGGUUGCAUGGCCAGUCUAUUUCAGACGCCCCCUUGGGCAUCCAUGGCUAUACUUCCACCACAUAAUUUGCCGCAACAGCAAGGAGGAGUUACAAGAGAAGUUGUUGGUAGUACAAAUCAUCCGCUAGCAAUGCGUUAUCAUCCAAAUUUUGAUGGAACUGCUGCUGCUGCCGCUGCAGCAGCAGCAAAAGAUCCAAUGAAUGCAAUCAAUGCCCCUCUUUAUCAAGUAAGUAUUUUCGACAACUAUCUCAUCUAA